AUUUUGGGAAAGAUCAUGACCAGCCGUCAAGUGCACCCCCAGGAUGAGGAGCAGAGACCCUGGCCGAACACCUCAGGGUACCCCCUCAAGGAGGUGGUGGAUGAUGAAGUGUCGGGACCAUCAGCCCCUGGGGUAGAUCCCAGCCCCCCGCGUAGGUCCCUUUGCUGGAAAAGAAAGAGGGAGUGGUCGGACGAAUCUGAGGAGUCAGAGGAGGAGCCAGAGAAGGAGCUUGCCCCUAAGCCUGAGGAGACCUGGGUGGCGAAGAUGCUGUGUGGGCUCAAGAUGAAGCUGAAGCGACAACGAGUGUCACCCGUGCUCCCUGAGCACCACGAGACUUUCAACAGGCUGCUUGGUAGGAGGACACCCCAGAGUGCACCUCCAAUCCUAUUCCUCGCCUGGGACAAAGAUUUGAGGAUGUCGGACAAGUAUCUCCUGGCUAUGGUCAUAGCGUACUUUAGCCGCGCUGGCCUCUUCUCCCAGCAAUACCAACGCAUUCAUUUCUUCCUGGCUCUCUACCUGGCCAAUGACAUGGAGGAGGACAACGAGGCCUCCAAACGAAACAUCUUCUACUUCCUGUACAGGAAGAACCGCUCCCAGAUACCCUUGUUCCAUAAGCUUCGGUUCCAGUUCUUCCGUUCCAUGAGCUGGAGGGCUUGGGUUUCCCUGGAGGAGUUGGAGGAGAUCCAGGCUUAUGACCCAGAGCAUUGGGUGUGGGCACGAGAUCGUGCUCCCUUUCCUAGAGCUCCAGGGACCGUGGAGGCCUGA